UAGCUCGUUUUCAAAGCACAAUCUGGGUUUGCUGCCAAUAAUUAACAUAAUUGUAUUAUAUUGUUAGGUAAAUGGCUUCAGGUACUUUGACAAUUAAAUAUGUAAGCAUGAUAUCAUCGUUAGAAAGCUAGCAAACAGCUGAAUGAUAAACUGUAUCCCAUCUAGACAAACCCUUAUGUCAGAAUUGACCAGAAUUGACUAUUCGUAGCAGGUUAGGAUAAUUAAUCUAACCGGUUUGGAGAAUUGGGUUAAACUUAGGAGAGGGCUUAGGGUUAACUAAAAUAAACCUUUGACGUCAAUUUGACUAACUUGCACAUCUAGCAGUAACCGUGAAGGACGGUCACUUCCACGGGCUGCUGCUUGUUCAUGCUAGCUAGAGUUAGCUUGCUCGCUUAGCUACUGUUACCUGGAUAGCUAGCUAGACAUGCUUGUGGUGAUACCAGUGACUGUAUAUGAAAGGUGUAAGCCAACACGGACAGCCUAGCUAGCUAACGUUAGUUUGUCACAGCUUUCAACCUGUGACGUUAAUCAUUGUCAGAUGCCUUUUGCAGCAAGCAUUAGUUGCUAGCGAUGUAUUUGGGGUAAUGAUGACCAACUUAACUAAUUUGCUUGGAAGUUGCUUGUAAACUAGCUAACUCACCAUAUUGCUACUAAUUAUUCAUAGCAAGCAACAAUCCAAUGUCAUCACAUUUGUUGUAGCUUUGGCUUGCCUAGUAGCCAGCUGACAUUUACAUUAGUAACCAACGUUAACUAUAAUCUAGCUAGAUCAGAAUAUUGAGCACUGAGCUAACGUUACUGGAAGUCUCCGGUAAGAGUCGGUUUACCAAGCACUCUUAUUUUUGAUUUGAGACUUUCUUUUCUUUGAUAACAUCCCAAUACAGUUGCCUGCUAGCUGGGUUGCCAGAACUUGAUAGUGUUUUUAAACAGUAACGUUAUAUUAGUUAACUAAACUCUAAAGUUUAGUCAGUGAGUGGAACACGUGCCAUUUAAACCGAACUUUGUAAAUCGAUUAAAUGUCCACACACGUUUUAGUCAAUGGCAUUUGUAACUGCUUGGCAGGUUUGAAAUCUCUUUUUUUUUAUUUGUGAUGGUUCACCUACAAACAAAGUCAGUUCUGUGAGAUGACUAGUCUGCGUUUAGAGCAUUUUAUUGUGGGUAGCACUAUCUUGCCACAUAGCCCUAAGCACUUAAAGCAACAGUAACUCCCCAUAGUUCCCAAAACCAGGAAGAGACCUUGCCCUUAGUCAUCUACACUGAACAAAAAUCUAAACUGCAACAUUUAGUGUUGGUUUCAUGAGCUGAAAUAAAUUAUCCCUGAAUUUUCAUACGCACAAAGAACAUAUUUUUCUCCAAUUUUGUGUACAAAUCCCUGGGCAUUUCUCCUUUUGCCAAGAUAAUCAUCCACCUGACAGGUGUCAUCAAGAAGCUGAUUAAACAGCAUGAUAAUUACAGGUUUACCUUGUACUGGGGAAAUAAAAGGCCACUUUAAAAUGUGCAGGUUUAUUACACCACACAAUGCCACGGAUGUCUCAAGUUGAGUGAGUGCGCAAUUGACAUGCUGAUGGCGCUGACCGACAUGGCAGCUCAGCUUCUAGCUCCUAAGCAACUUUGCUUGUUAGAUACUACUGCACCGUUGGAGCUAGUAACACAAGCAUUUCACUACACCCACAAUAACAUCUGCUAAAUAUGUGUAUGUGACCAAUAACAUUUGAUUUUGACUGCAGGAAUUUCCAGAGUUCUUGCCCGAUUAAUAUUAUAUAUACUUUCCCAGAAUGUCUGUUAGACUUUAUGUAGUAGGGUGUAUAUCGUCAGGAUACGAGACUUUUGUAACAGGACAUGCAUGCUCAACAAUACAUUAUGCAUCAUAAUGAAUUUCUGCUUUGCCACAAUAAACAUCAAUAGGAGUUGGAUGAAACAAAGUCAAACAAAUACCUAUAUGCGGUAGAUGACAAAUCGUAACAAUGUAAUCAUUAUCAAAACAAUUCGAACUCGUGAUAUAAUACAUUGUAACGCCAAGUUUUCCUUGCCAGAGAUUUUAAUGUUAAUUUCAUUAUCAUAAGCAGCCUCCGUCGUUUUAGAGAAUUUGGCAGUAGGUCCAACCGGCCUUGUGUAUGGCAUUGUGCGGGGGCGAGCUGUUUUCUGAUGUGAGCAGAGUGCCCCGUGGUGGUGGGGUUAUGGUAUGGGCAGGCAUAAGCUAUGGACGACGAACACAAUUACACUUUAUUGAUGGCUAUUUGAAUGCACGGAGAUACCGUGACGUGAUCCUCAGGCCCAUUGCUGUGCCAUUCAUCCGGCUACUUCACCUCAUGUUUCGGCAUGAUAGUGCACGGCCCCAUGUCGCAAAGAUCUGUACAUAAUUCCCUGAAACUGAAAAUGUCACUUCCAUGGCCUGCAUACUCACCAUACAUGUCACCCGUUGAGCAUGUUUGGGAUGCUCUGGAUUGACAUGUAUGACCGCAUGUUCCAGUUCCCGCCAAUAUCCAGCAAUGUCGCACAGCCAUCGAAUAGGAGUGGGACCGCAUUCCACAGGCCACAAUCAACAACCUGAUCAACUCUAUGUGCUGCACGAGGCAAAUGGUGUGCACACGAGAUACUGACUGGUUUUCUGAUCCACGCCCCUAAUUUUGUUGUUGUGACCAAUGGAUGCAAAUCUGUAUUCCCAGCUGUGAAAUCCAUAGAUUAGGGUGUCAAUUAAUUUCAUUUGACAUAUUUCCUUAUAUGAACGGACUCAGUAAAAUCUUUGAAAUGGUUGCAUGUUGUGUUUCUAUAUAUUUUUUUCGGUAUACAUUGAGAUGACUACAUUGGAAAACAGAAGCUGUUAAUCAAGUGCUAGUUUUAUAGAUGCCCUUCGAUUUUGGUUUCAUUGUGAUCUAGAUUUACAGAACAGUUCAAAGGUUGGAAUGACUUGUCAAGCAUGUAUCUGGACCGGUCUUAUUUGGUGUGGGACUGUAUAGGCCUUAGCAGAGUCAGUUUGUCCCCAUAGGGUGUGUCUCUAGUUACUGUUACAUCUGUUUAAAAGCUGACCGACUCUGGUAUUUGCGUGCAAAAAAAAAUGCAUGGUGUGGAAUGUGUUAGUGAACUCCAUGAACUGGCACCUUGUUUAACUCUGGUGCUUUGCUCCUUGUGUGCAUAUUGUUUGUUCUGUUUUCUGGUAAUUUUAAGCGUCUUCUCGUCCUGUUGUCCACUUUCUCUUCCCCCUUUUUGUGUCUCUCACAGUGCAGGCAUAGUGUGCCUUUGGCCCCACUCCCUCUCCAUUUCCCACACUUCCUCCCCCUCUUUUCCACAUUCUCCCUCCCCAUUCCAUUCUCCUCAUAGCACUCUACAGUGGCACACUCUUAUCACUCAUUGUUGAAAUGAACUCACUGAACUAUAAUGUUCUGUAGUAGGCUAUUCUCCCAAAACUCUCCAUCUGUGUUUGAAUAAUUUCCAUCUCUGAGGCAGCAGAUGGUUGGCUAGUCAGUUUCCUAGCCUGUGAUAUUGCCCAGCUCUGUUAUCUGGGAGGUCUGCAGAACACACUCAUUAGGCGUUCACUCUAACUCCUUCUUGGGGAUUUCUCAUCUCACCAAAACUGUGUAAACAGAGCUGCAUGUUUUUACAGUGACCUGUGCCGAUGAGUUUCGCAACCUCAUUAUUUGACCUCUUUUCAGAGGACUAAGUUAAUAAGUAGACUAAGUAAUGCCACAAUGAUUUAUAUUAGGUUUAAACACACUUUCCUGUGAGGACCCAAAGCACAGCCAAGAGAUUAGAAGAUGGGCAAUAAAUUGGGAAAUCCUUUGGCUUGUUUUUCUGGGGAAAUUGACUCAUGCUCCAAAUAAUUCUCUAUCUGAUGCUAUGGUUUUCCUGGUAAAAUGAGUCGUGUGAAAAAGUGCGUUUACUACUCAUUAUUAAAUGCUGUCCUUCAGUUGAGGUGAACAAGAUGAUUAUGAUCGUGUCUCAGUGAGGUUGGAAGGGUCUGUCUGGCCGGUUGAGGUGCGGAGGGGACGCCACAUACCUCUCCAGGAGUCUGACGGCCUGACAAACACCCUUUCCUCCUCCCUUCCUCCUUGGCCUCCGCGAGCCGCCAUGGUGACGCUCAUCACAGAGCAACUCCGCAAACAGAAUCUGGAGGAGCCCCCUUACCACAGGGCUUACUCUCUCAAUGUGUCAUUGCCUGAAGUGGGUUCCAGCCCCACUGUGUGUUGGAGCGGGUAUGGGUUGACUCCAGAGAGCAGUUGGUCUAUGUUCCCAUCCUCCAAGACCCACCUGCAGGAUGCCUCCUCUGUCCUGUCCUCCCUGGACCCACUGGGAACACCUUUCCCUCUCCCCAGCACCUCUGUGAAAGACAUGUCCCUGCAGAGAGCUCCUCCGCCGCCGCCUCCUCCCAAACGCCACUGUCGCUCCCUGUCUGUUCCUGAGGACCUGUCCCACUGCCGCAGCCCCUGGCGCCCCAGUGCCUCCAAGAUAUGGACCCCAGUCAAGCGCCGCUGCCACAGUGGAGGGGGUGUGGCCUGCAUGGGUGCUGGCUCCUUGGUGGGUUCCGUACCCCUCCGAGGCCCCAGCUCCUCCCUCACCUCCUCUCUACACUCCUCCUCCAGCCCCACCUUCUUCAGCCUGGCCAUGUCCCCUGACUCCCCUCUCCCCUGGGGCUGUCCCUGGGACAAUAAUGAUCUGCCCAGGGGGGGCUGCACUGGCUUCUUCCCUGCCCCCUCAUCCUGCUCCUCCUCCCCCGCCUCGCUGGGUUCCUGUCGGCCCUUGCUGCAACGCCGCUUCUCCCUGUCCCCUGUGCACAUCCUGCCAGUCCGGCCCUCCCCCUCUCCUGGUCUAGUCCCACGCUACCCUUCGAUGGAGCCCCCGGCCCCCUUUCCCUCCUCAGCCUGCAGUUCCCCGUCAUCCUCGAGGCGCGACCUACCCCCCUGUCUCCCACGCUGCCACUCUCAGCCCUGUGACCUGCGUAAGCCCGGCCUGAAGAGACGCCAUGACCCGGACACCCUGCCCUACUACGUCAGGCCUGGCCUGGACUUCAGCAAGAUGACUCCGAUUCGCAGUGGGGAGCCCCUGGUGUGUGGAGCGGCUGUCUAUAGGGGGCUAGAGCCUGUUCCAGGGGACUUCAGAGGAGCCUUCUCCCCUGCAGACCUGGGAAGAACCAGCAUUGGACCGCUGAGUGAAAGUGAGGAAGAGGAAAACAUAAAUAUGGGUUCGCAAGAGGCCGGGCAGCAGAGUGUGUUUGAGAGAGACUGCACAGAACUGGACUUGAACCUCAUUGAGGAGAAUUGAAAGUUUCUUGGUGUUCCGUGUGUGAUUGACAGCAUUCAUCAUAUUCACAUUACACCCCGGCCGAGCCCACGGGAACCUUCUGCCUUCAAAGGGGCCACAUUAGGGGCCCUUCAUAUCACUGGCUGACUAUAGAUUAAUAAGGAUCAAUUUUACCAUUAGUGUAAUGCUAGAGCAACUUUGACAAGCUCACAAUAUAAAGAAUUUCAGGACAACGAUGUUGUUCUGCCUGUCAUACUCUGUGGGUAAAUGUGUAUACCCAGAAACACAAUGGAGAUGGCUAAGACAUAAUGAUUUUUGAAUGUACAUACUGUAAUAGCCGCUUUCUAAUAAUCCGGGUAGUAACGCGCUACCACUACUACAAUUAUAAAAAUGAUAAUGCAGUUUGCUUGCGAUGGACACUCCUGUCGGCAGGAUACAUUCCCGAACUUAUGGUCAGUUGAGUUGCCGAAGGCCCUCUGAAAAUCCUUCACACAUCGUCUUUCAUGGGUGUAGGCCGAACGCUCUCUGACAUGUUUGAUUUGGCCCAGUGGAAUACCCACACACCUGUAAAGGGAAUCAAGGAGGGACCCAUGUGCUUUCCUCAUAGCUGGCAAAUGUAUAUUUUGCUGCUUCUGUUUCCCUUACUACUUAAACAAUGCAUUAAUUUGUUCUCUACCAUUGGCUGAAUUAAAUAUUGUACAUUAAUCAUGUACAAAGCAGGUGUUUCUGCUUUAAUGGUUUUUGUUCAUAACAUCCAGAUGUUUUCUUCUUGGUCUCCCAUAGAAAUGGAGCCUAUAUAGUCUGUCCAUUCUGAUUCAGUUCCACACUAAUGAACAGAUCACACUUGCACUGUAAUAGGAUUUGAAUAAUUGACUCGACACUGCAGUUGGAUCCUUUAGGGCACAAUGUAAUGUACUGUAUAGCGGUCACCUGUGGAAACAAUUUUGUGUGAGUGGAUGACUGUGUUUAGACAGGCAGCUCAAUUCUGAUUUUUAUUUUUUCAAAUAGUUUUUGACCAAUCAGAUAUUUUCGCGUCAAUCUUUUUCAGAGCUGAUCUGAUUGGUCAAAAUACCAAUUAGUGAAAAAAAUAUCAGAAUUUUGCUGCCUGUCCAAACGCAGCAUUAGCGUGUGAGAAGAAACCAGUAGAGAUGCAGAGGAUUGGUGGCCUUUCGAGAGAUUAUUUUUAUUGUAUGUUUUCAGAUGGAAAUGUCUAUUUACACUUUGUGUACAAAUAAAGUUUAUUAGAAUAAUUUUGCAAAAAAAUCA